ACAAGCUUUAUAUGCCAUGAACAUAACGAAGCCCUUGACACGUUCUUGACAGUCUGCAACCCAGAGAUCGGUGUGGAGCGUGAGUGCAACAAGUGCCACCAUGGCGUCCACCCAUGUCGACGUUCCCGGUAAGCCCACCGAGACUGGCACCGCCCUCCUGGAGACGGCCGCCGCUGCCAUCCAAGGCUUCGAUCCCAUCAACAAGAUCCACCAACACCUCUGCGCUUUCCACUUCUACGGGGACGACAUGACGCGGCAGGUGGAAGCACACCACUUCUGCUCGCACCAGAACGAGGAGAUGCGGCAGUGCCUGAUCUACGACGGCGAGGGGCCGCGUGCGAAGUUGAUCGGCGUGGAGUACAUUGUGUCGGAGAAGCUGUUCCUGGCGCUGCCCGACGACGAGAAGCCGCUGUGGCACUCCCACGAGUACGAGGUGAAGAGCGGGAUGCUGUUCAUGCCGCAGGUGCCCGGCGCCGUCCAGCGACCGGACAUGGAGCAGGUCUGCAAGACAUACGGCAAGACUUACCAUUUCUGGCAGGUGGACCGCGGCGAUGAGUUCCCGCUCGGCCUUCCCCAGCUCAUGAUGGCGUUCACCCGAGACGGGCAGCUGCGACAGGAAUUAGCCAAAGAUAUCGAACGCCGGUACGAGAUCUCUUUUGAGGAGGAGAGGGAGAAGAGGAGGUACAUGGCAGGUCCAGAUCAUGGAAUUCACCCACUGGCUAAUGGACCAGGGAAAGGGCGGAGAUUGGAGCUGAGAGAGGUCGAUGUUCCUCCGGUUGGUUCUGUGCCAAGAGCCUUCAUUUGA